CGUACCUUAUGUUAUGCCACAGCUUACAUUUAGGAGUAGCUAUAUACGUACAAACAAAAAUAAUGGUUGUCUUCCAGUAACUGAAAGGUCCACUGAUAAGCUCGGAUAUGAUAAUAUAAUACCUGAAAUGCCACAAUGAAAUGCACUCCAUCAUGCACUCCAAUACCGUUAUAUAUUAUACUAUAUUCCAGUAAGGUUCGUGGUGUUGCUGCCUUAAGCGACUGCACGACCUGCAAAGAAUAAAAUCAACAAUUAUAGUGAUCCUUUUGUAAUUCAGACAUGAUGUGAACAAAGAUCACAAUGAAUAUUGUGUUGAAAAAUCGAAGGUUAAAUGAAUACAUUGUUUAUGUGAAUAGCUAAAGCUUAUAAAAUUUGUGCGCCAUUAACCUGAAGCAACUCAUUUUGUACAUAAGCCUAUUAAGCGUAGGCAUAUUUUUUAUUAAAAUAAAUAAUCAAUGUAACUAUAGCAGUGACUGGCGUUGCUAUGCGAUAAGACACACAAUUGGUAGCUUUACAAUUCCAUUAAAAAAACAAGAUGGAGGUUAAAGUCAUCGUUAUGCUGUUUGUAACCAUCUGUUCUGUUGAGUCAGAUACAUUUUCAAUCAGAUUGGUCGGUGGAAGUACAAUCUAUGAAGGACGUGUUGAGAUAUAUUAUAACGGAGAAUGGGGAACGGUUUGUAAUGAUCGCUGGGACUUAGAUGAUGCUCUUGUGGUCUGUCGUGAAUUGGGCUAUGGAUAUCCAGUGCAGACACUCAUUUAUGGAUACCAAGGAGAUACAUAUCAAAGCAUCCUUUUAGAUGAAGUCGACUGCAGUGGUUGGGAGUCUAGGCUUUCGUCGUGUUCACAUCCAGCGUUAGGUGAACAUGACUGUGCACACAUUGAGGACGUAGCGAUUGAAUGUUCUCCAGAUUUUACAGUCCGACUAGCUGAUGGAAUUGCAGAUUUUCAAGGUCGUCUUGAGAUCUAUUAUGAAGGAGAAUGGGGAACGGUGUGUAAUGAUGGGUGGGACUAUAAUGACGCACGUGUGGUUUGUAAUCAGCUAGGCUAUGGAUAUCCAUUGCAGUCCCUCAUCAGUUCUGGAUACCAAGGAGAUACAUAUCAACGGAUCUUUUUAGAUAAUGUUGACUGCAGUGGUUCAGAGUCCAGCCUUCCAUGGUGUUCACAUUCAACCAUAGGCGUACAUAACUGUGGUCAUAGUCAAGAUGUGGCGCUUGAGUGUUCUUCAGGUUUCUCAGUCCGAUUAGCUGAUGGAACUUCAAUGUAUGAAGGUCGUCUUGAGAUAUAUUAUAACGGAGAAUGGGGAACCGUUUGUAAUGAUUAUUGGCAUUAUGAAGAUGCACUCGUUGUUUGUCGUGAACUAGGCUUUGGAAAUCCAGUGCAGACCCUCAUCAGUACUGGAUACCAAGGAGCACUCCAAAGCAUACUUUUAGAUGAUGUUAACUGCAGUGGUUUGGAGUCUAGUCUUUCGUCGUGUUCACAUUCAACCAUAGGUGUACAUGACUGUACCCACGCUAAGGAUGUGGCUCUUGAAUGUUCUGCUGCUUUGUUUGAUGUUCAUACAGAUUUUACAGUCCGACUAGCUGAUGGAAUUGCAGAUUUUCAAGGUCGUCUUGAGAUCUAUUAUGAAGGAGAAUGGGGAACGGUGUGUAAUGAUGGGUGGGACUAUAAUGACGCACGUGUGGUUUGUAAUCAGCUAGGCUAUGGAUAUCCAUUGCAGUCCCUCAUCAGUUCUGGAUACCAAGGAAAUAUAUCUCAACGGAUCUUUUUAGAUGAUGUUGACUGCAGUGGUUCAGAGUCCAGCCUUCCGUGGUGUUCACAUUCAACCAUAGGCGUACAUAACUGUGGUCAUAGUCAAGAUGUGGCGCUUGAGUGUUCUCCAGGUUUCUCAGUCCGAUUAGCUGAUGGAACUUCAAUGUACGAAGGUCGUCUUGAGAUAUAUUAUAACGGAGAAUGGGGAACCGUUUGUAAUGAUUAUUGGCAUUAUGAAGAUGCACUCGUUGUUUGUCGUGAACUAGGCUUUGGAAGUCCAGUGCAGACCCUCAUCAGUACUGGAUACCAAGGAGCACUCCAAAGCAUACUUUUAGAUGAUGUUAACUGCAGUGGUUUGGAGUCUAGUCUUUCGUCGUGUUCACAUUCAACCAUAGGUGUACAUGACUGUACUCACUCUGAGGAUGUUGCUCUUGAAUGUUCUUCAGAUUCAUCAACAUUGGUAAUUCGUCUAGCAGGUGGACCUUCGAGCUACGAGGGACGUCUUGAAGUCUACUAUGGAGGAGAAUGGGGAACAGUGUGUGAUGAUGGGUGGGGUGAAGUAGAGACACGUGUUGCUUGUCAUCAUUUAGGCUAUGGGUAUCCAGUGCGGACCCUUAUCGAUUCUAUAUACCAAGGAUCAUAUGAUCAAAGCAUCGUUUUAGAUGAUGUUGACUGCAGUGGUUGGGAAUCCAGUCUUUCGUCGUGUUCACGUUCACCAUUAGGUGAAGCAAACUGUAUUCACACUGAGGAUGUAGCUAUUGAAUGUUCUCUAGUACGCCUUGUUGAUGGAUUUAAUGCAAAUACCGGUCGAUUGGAAAUUCUUGUUGGUAAUGCGUGGGUACAAAUUUGCAGUCGUUACUGGAGUGAUACUAAUUCAGGUGUUGCUUGCAGAGAGUUGGGCUACAGCGGAGCUGAAACCUUAGUCGGUGGCGACAACAUUCCAGCUAGUCCGGGCUCAGUGUCAUCUUGGUAUAGCUUCGACUGCAAUGGUUAUGAAAGUAGUCUUCUAGAUUGUACUCAAUAUUCUGUUAGCUACUACUGCUAUUAUGAAGAAGUAAAACUACAAUGCACAGACACCUAUGGCGUUCAAGGCGAUGUACAAUUGUUUGGAGGUUACGAUGUAGAUCAAGGGAAUCUUGAAGUAUAUAUAUAUGGCACUUGGGGGACCGUGUGUUCAAACAAUUGGGACAACGACGCUUCAGACAUUGCUUGCAGACAACUUGGUUAUGAUAGAGCUGAAGAAGGUCAGCACUAUUCGUACUUAUACUCAUACGACGGAGCAUAUAAACCAAUCCAUACACUAAGAAUUGAGUGUACUGGAGAAGAGUCUCAUCUGAGUGAUUGUUAUUUCAACACUGACGACACUGCAGAUGGCUGUACACAUGAUGAUGACGUUGCAGUAAAGUGUGUGCAUGAAGGAUUAUCCGGUAUCUUUAUUGCAGCAAUCAUUGCUGGAGUCAUUGUGCUUGGGGGAAUCUUGGUGUGCGUGUGCUAUCAUUGCUGUAAGAAAAAGACUUCACUACCUUCAAACGCAGUUGCCAGUCACCCACCAGUAGCAAACGUUUCCCUACAGGUCCAAAAUAAAGGGUAUCAGCCUAGUCCGAGUAAUCCUUCAGCCCCACCAUCGACGUGGCCAUCAGCACCACCGCCCACAUAUAAUGCUGUUGUCAACAAUCCAAAUCGUUCGGAUUACUUACCACAUUCAGUGGAAAAUGCUCCACCGGCUAUUAUACCAUACCAACCACCCUUCAAUCCGGGUGUUUACCAAACGACAUACGGUGGUGGUGAAAUGCCCAGUAAUAUCGCAGGGGGUAACGUUAUAUACAAUCCUCCCCAACCUUCAAAAUAAAAUUUCUGGCACCAUUCGUUGUUAGGCUUAGCAAGUCAUUUAGUCUUUUUACAAGUUGAACGAUUAUAAACAUGAAUAUAGUACAUUUUGAAACACUAAAUCAUUUAUGACCUAUGUGUUGUAUCCGCAUUACCGGUAUAGAGUUUAUCGCACUUCAUAUAGCAAUAGAUAUUUAAUUUGCUAAACGUAACAUAGACAUUAUAAGAUAGUAUAAUACAUACCCCAAGUAUCAAAAUGCACGCCAUCGUGUCGGGAUUCAAUAUUUCAACAUUAAUUGUGCCAUCAUCACGAAUGUGAA